CUUCAGCGAUUUUUUGAAUGAGUCCCAUUCCCAGCUGUUUUGAGUCAUUGGAUUUCCACGCAUAACUUUCAGUUCUGGAAGAAAACCAUAUUAUUUAUAUGGAGCAUUUCUCUUCUGUCCCUUUUCGCUUCGAUCAAUAUAUUCGUCUAUCACAUGCCCAAAUAAAGGCCUGUAGACAAGCGUCUUACAAUGCUUUUGCUUUCGGGGUUCUAUCUCUUAUUUUUGGAGCUGCCUUGUCUGUGUACUACACCCUACAGAUUUUCUUCAUGCCGCUAAUAUGGGCAUUUUUGUGUGGGACAGUGUUGUAUCCGUUUAAGAGUUCUCUAACUGAUAUUAUUCGCGGUUGGAUAAGACGUGUGGACGCUGAAGACCAGUUACUUUUGGUGGAAACUAUUGUCGUACCUUUUCGAAUCCUUAAUGCACUAUCUUCCAUUUUGCUCCAUAAAGCGUCUGACUACUCGAGUCUAUUGAAGUCUUCAUUGUUUCUUCUUCUAACUUUUCAUGUAUGUUCUUUCUUCGACUUUUUCUGGCUACCCGGUUUGUUUUCAAAUGCAGCGUAUCUUUGCAUCUCACUUACUGACUAUGUAUUGGGUCUGACGUCGUUUAAGCUGGUUGCCGCUUUAGGUGUCGCACAUGCUAUAACGGCUUUAAUACAACCGUGCAGUUUCUACUUUGUACACACGAUAUCGCAUUUGUUCUGGGUGAUUUUAUUGUUAUGGUGUACAUCGUUCGCUGGCGUUUUGAGGUUGCCAGUGUUUCUCGCUUCUGUCGCGGUUCUAGUAAUUGGAUAUUGGUGCUUUGGUGACACGAGUGAUGGAACUUACCAAGAACGGUGGGCUUCUUGUCACACAGUUACUGCAGUAGAUGGAGGAUCUGGUGACCAUGUUAGGAAUGCUGUUUCCUGUGAUACACUUGCGACAGCAAAUAUGGAACGCAGCCAGUUUUCCGAAAGCUCCGAACAGAUAUUCCAUAGUCAAGCAGAAUACGGAGAACGACGAGACCAACGUGGACGUCCACAAAGAUGGUCGCAGUUUCUGCGACAAGCUUUGCUUUCAAUACCGACAGGAUCAGACUAUGGGUUUGACCCGGUUAGUGAGUUACGUGCUUUCAUGUCUGAACAAUUUCGUUUGACAUCUGCAAAGUCCACCAGUGCAGUUUUCGAAAGACAAAGAUUCUUUGAAACAACUGAUACAAUUCAUCAUCCAGAAUGCAUUUUUGAUGCUACCGACAGAAAUUCAUCUGUUCCUUCGGCUGGUUCAUUUGUUAAUCGUUGUUUUCUUGCACUAUGUUGGGCUCAUUUUCUUGUCAUCAUAUGGAUGUAUCAAUGGCCACUACAUUUGGUUUGUUUUGUUCUCAUUUGUGUUGGAAUUUUUCGCUUAUCACAAUACUUACAAAUACAAGAGUUUUCACGUUGGCUUUUCUGUAAACUGAGUGGUAUUGUGCAAGCCUUUGUACCAAAUUUAAGCAUGGAGCAAAGACGAUCUUAUUUGAAAUCACUUAUCCCUAAACCUGUGCAUGGAUUAUUCACACUUCUGGCGUAUUGUGAUAGAAAGCUUUGUCAUUAUUUGGAUUCAUGGUUGGACAGUGUAGUCAGCCUAUUCAUUCUUGUCUUCUUCAUUUUCGCGUUUUGUUUGUUGACAAUGUUUUUAGCAUUUCAAAUUCAUAAUGAAAGUAUUCGUUUGGUAUCUUUAACGAGUGAUCUGAUUAACAAAGCUAUGAAUAGUGAAGCGUAUAGCUGGCUGCCUAAAAAGGAACAAGUUGAUGGUAUGUUUGGCGUCUUGGCUGCAAAUGCUUAUCAGGCAGGACGUAGUUGGAUAUCUGAUAGAACAAAUGAACUGUUUGAAGGUGAUCCAAAUUCAAAGGCUAUAUUGAAAGAACAACUUUUAGAUCUAUGGGAGAAUGUUUAUAAUUCUUUUAUAAAUCAGCCUAUCAACAAUACGGUAGCCAUCGAUGAGUCAAGAAGUCAUAAACCAAGUUUACCUUUCCUGCCUAAUAACACUCAUAAUCACGUGAAUUCAAGUCGUCUUGUAUCAAAUACUUUUGGAGUUGUAUCAUCGAAUCGAUUUUCUAUCAACACAACGUGGAUAUUUAAUCGUCAUGCUUUGAGUUCUCUGUUUGUAAUUAUAAAACAGAAUUUGGGUACACUGGCAACUGUUACAGAAUCAUUAUGGAUUUUUGUACGCAGUAAUUUAAAUUUGAUAGCACAUUUCAUUACUGUUGUACUUUCGUCAAUCAUGAGUGGAGGACAUGUGGCAGUCAACUUCAUCAUUGCUUUUUUGAUAUUUCUUACAGUUCUUUAUUAUGUGCUGGCUGCUAGUGGAUCGUGUUACCUGCCUGUUGCUUUUAUCACUUCACUAGCACCGAGUACGCCUAAAAUGAAUGCAUUGAUUACACAUUUCUCUUCAGCUGUUGAAGUGGCUAUCAGUGGAGUAUUUGUUGCAACAUUGAAAUUGGCUGUAUUCUACGGAUUGUAUACAUCACUCACUCAUACUAUAUUUGGCUUGGAUCUUGUAGUAGUUCCAUCCGUAUUGGCUGCUUUACUUGGUGCUGUUCCAAUUAUUGGCACAUAUUGGGCUGUUUUACCCGGUGUAAUUGAAAUUUUAAUCAUUCGUCAGUCAUUAACUCAAGCUGGUCUACUCAUACUUUUUCACGUAUUACCAACCUAUGUUGUUGACGUCGCAGUUUAUAGGGAGAUUAAAGGAGCUGGUCAUCCAUAUUUCACUGGUCUUGCAAUUGCUGGUGGGAUAUACUAUCAAGGUCCUGCAGGUGCUUUAUUCGGUCCUAUUCUCCUAUGUUGUUUUUUAGUUGGAAUGAAUAUGUUUCGUUGGAUUUUAGACUCUAGCAAGACAGAGUAUCCUGUCAAUCAAUGUGUUCACAAGCCACAUUAUUCACCGACAGCUUCUUUGAGUCCGGAUUGCUCAUAUCGAACCUCGAAUUCAUUUUACACUGCUACUCCCUACCAGACUAUAAACUCGACUAACAAACGUUCUGCUUUAUCUUCGAAGUAUCGUAGGCCUAUUUUCAAACGACGAUCAAAAUAUCAAUUUACGAAAAAUUCGUUUUCAAUGCCUGACAUUUCAGAUAUAUCUGAUGAAUCGGGUCAAAAUGCACAAUCCAGUCAAAAUACAACUAAGCCUGUUUCACCAAGUAUAGAUAUACAAUAUGCGCAUACGUCAACUCCAGCACCUAGAUGCGUACCCUUUCAUCAUUGAUUAACCAAAGAAGAAUUCAAUUAUUCAUAGUACUUUAUGUACUUGAACACAUCGUUUCUCUCUCUUUACCUCUAUUAGAUAAUUAAGAGUUUUUUUUGUCAGUUUGUUCAUUUAUUUUUUCGGCAUCAUGCUUCAUUCAUUGAACAAUGAUAUUCUUACAUUCCUCACUACAUAUGUAUACAUCAUAUUUUUAUAAAUUUGGUUUGUUCUUUAUGGAGUUUUCGCGCGAGCAUUUAUUAUAACUAACUAAUCAGUUUUCUUAUGCCUCUUCUCUUUAUGAUGAAUGAGUAAAUACAGCAUUUAAUAAUUGAUUUGGUGUAUCACGCAAAUCACUUAACGCCCCCACCAUUUUCUCUAUGUACGCUUAUACAUGUAUGUAUAUCGCGCUGUCUUUGCGUCUCUAUGUGAGUGCGUGUGUGUGUGCUCUUGUUCCUUCUCUUCCUGUUUUUUCUCUUAUCACCAAUUUAUUGUUUGAGCAAAUGUUUACAGACGUCAUCUUCAUGUUUUCUACUUUUGCUUAUUUUUCACAUUUAUGUUUAAACCAAAGAAUAUGCAUUGUGACUGUGGUUAUCUUGCGUAGCUUAUGCGCAUCUAUUUUUU